AUGUGGUGCUACCAAAAACCGGGGUUUGAAGCCCUCCUCCUCGCUGAGCUGCAGAGACAGCAACAGUGCAGCCAGUUCUGUGACACUCUGCUCAAGACAGAAGGUGUAUCAGUGCCCGCACACAGUUGUAUUCUGUCAGCCAUCAGCCCCCACAUCGCCUCUGCUCUGUCCUCCAUGCCGCCGCCUCCUGCAGGACAGAGCCAUCUCUUGGAGUUUCGGGCUCUUGGCGCAUGCACCCUGCUCCAUAUGGUCAGACUGCUGUACUGUGGGGAGAUGACUGGGGAGGGGGAGAAGGAGAAGCAAGAGGCUAUUUUGACUGCCGCCAAGCUGGGCAUCCACGGGCUGGUGGAGGUCACAAAAAGAGAUCAUAAAAGCAGAAGUGAGGAAGGAAAAGGCUGGCAUUCGGAGGUAGGAGUGCAGACGGAUCCACUGAUGCCUGAGGAGGAUGAAGGGAGACGGGGCAGGUGGAGGAGAGAGGUGAGGGAUGGGAGCACCUUUCUGUGGAAAGAGACACACUCAGAUGGUAUGGAAGACACACAGACUCAAACAGAAGAGCUGCAAGAAGAAAUGAGUCCCCCAUCUCACCCAGCAGCCUCCUUAGAGACCAUUGAUAUGGCAACCUUCCAGAAUUUAGGACAGGCCGAAUCCCAUCUUUUCCCCCCUCAAAUUCCCUACAUCCCCAUAUCCCUCUUCUAUCCACCAGAUGGAAACCAAACACAUCAACCUUCAUCUGCUCUCGUUGACUCCAUGCAAGAAUCCAUCACAGCAGCUGGACACACGUCUGUUGUGGCGCCGCCGCACACCUUCGUCCCCCCAACCCUCCCAUUUUUGAGCCAAGCGGGCCCAUGUGCUGAUGACCUCCAGAGCUGGUGGGCCGGCCCUCAAGGAGCAGCCAGAGAUGACGCAGCAGCAGCUGAAGAAUGGGAGCACGAGCAGUUGGAGCAGUUUCAAGGCAACAUCCCAGGAUACAUCAGCUACUUUCUGAACCCGGACAAGGAGGAUUGCUCCGGUAGGGGGCGAGCAAGGAGGAGGCGGGGAGCAGGAGUGGGAGGUGCCAGAAGAGCUGGGACGAGUGGGAGAAGAGCCAGGAGACCACGAGCAAGAACAGGAGGGAGGGGGAGAGGGGGGUUAACACAAACUGUGGCUGUGCAGGUGGUGGGGGUGGGCAAGCUGCAGAAGUUGUUCAUGCAGCGGUGGGGGGUGAGGUCGCCCAGGACGGGUCAGGGCGGAGGAGCUGUAGGCAGGAAGUUGUUCCUGAAGACCAGAGAGCUUCUGAAGCCAGCCAAGAACUGCCAGAGGGGAAGAGGCCGCCGCAAAGUGUGGGAGUUCAGCCAGAUUGGAGACGUACUGCCGUACAGUGAGGGAGGAGGAGGCAACACGCAGCGUGGAAGGAAGAGACCAACGCAGCAGAUCGACCAGCCUUCUGCGUCACCCGGCCUGCUGUCACCUGCGGCCUCCUACAUGCCUCCAGCAUCGUCCCUCCUCCACAGCACCUCCCUCCCUCCUCCGGCUCCUCCACCUCAUGAGCAACAGCCCGAACACUUUAAUUGUCUACUGGAGGAAAUGAUGAUGGGCCUCGACAUUUUACCAAUCAACAACGACGAUGCUCCACAUUUUCAGCCUCCUCUGUCAACCAGUAGCAGCAGUUGUGACUUUGCCUCCUGUGGCAAUGCUUUGGCUCAAAACAAACAACAAGUCCGUAGCACUGGCCUCCUGGAAGGUUUGCAUGGUUCCACACCGGUGGUUGCUGUAGCAAGAGGAGCUGGAAGCUCCAACUCUUCAAACAGUGAGAUGCCCGUUCUGCAGCAGCAUGGAGAAGGGGAGCUGAAUGAGAUGCUGGACCACUUCCUCCAGUCCCUUGAGCAGCACGUGGACAGCUGUACUGCCGGGGAAGAGGCGGAGAUGGGUGGUCAGAGCUGCACAGAGGUCAGCCAGCCUUACUCUGUCCUGAGAAAAUGCAGAAAAACAAAUACCCAGACCACCAAGACCCCACACACCCCUCGUCUACAGAAUACACACACACCGCAUCCAGCCAGGCGCUCUCAAAUAACUGAACUGGAGAAUGAUGAAGCUGAAAUACCACCAAGACGUUCACAGUCUCACAAGUCUUCUGCUCGCAGUGCGCCUCCAAAACACACUGAGGGAUCGCCGGGGAAAGUCGGAGCACCAGCCAGAAAAAAAGAAAGAAGAAAUCAGCGUCUGUUCUCAUUGGAGAGAAAGAGUGUGAGGAAGCCAGAGUCAUGUGACCAAAUCCUUCGUGGCCGAAGAGACAAGCAGCUGCAGCGGAUGCCUGUGGUGAAACUGGAGAGGAGUGGCCCGCUGCCAGCCAAAGUUACACUGCAGGAGCGCAGCUGCCUGGAAGUCAAGGACCGUGUGCCGAUUCCGCCACCGUCAGCAGGUCGCAGGCGUGGCCGGCCCAAGAAAAAUGGACAAUUUCACAGUUUAUCUAAUGAGAGGUCAACACCAUCAGUUCAGCCACAGCCUGUGGAGCCCUGUAGCACAGAUGAACAACCAGAGAGAAAUCAAGAGAGACAUGAAGAAAAAUUGUCCGUCCAGCCGCAGGAAGAGGUAGAGGGAGCUGCACGGAGGGGAGAGAAAAGGCGAGCAGAUUCAGAGGAGACAAGUGAUGAAUCCACGGUGACCAAGAGGGUUUGCUUUGAACAAAUGUCUCAGCCGACCUCUGAAACGUGUGUACCGAGCUCUCCAUCUGCAGACUUUGUCUCCAAACCAGCAACCAAAGAGAUAAUGGCUGAAGUCUCCAUAGAGACUAUUUCCACUGCAGGAGAUUGUUUACAAAGAGAAGACAGAGAAGGAAAAACAACGAGGAGUGAAAUAAAACUCAGAGAAACUGAGGAAAGUUUGAUGGAUGAAGAGAUGGAGAGCAACUAUGAUGAGAUCAUCAUAGUUCACCAGAACAGAGACAGAGAAUCUGAAGACUUAGAGACAUGCCAGCGCAGAACAGCACCGGCUCCUUUGUCACCAUCUUCACAUUCAGCAAAAGAGGUCGUCAGUCUGAGGUCAACAGGAAGCUGGGAAGAGGACAAAGACGAGGACAUUGAUGUGAUUGGUGGUUCCAGUCCUGUCCGUGAUCCGGUGCUCAUCAGCUGGACUGAGUCUUCAGAAGUUGAGGAAGAGGAAGGAGACGAGGACAUUGAUGUUGAAAAGACGGACUACGCUCCAUCUGCGGUCUUCGCUACCUAGAUGGAAGCUUAUUAACAGAAAAUGCAAGACUGAGGUGCUUCAUUAGCAUCUGUGACGGCCAGUUUACUUUUCUACUUGUGUUCUUCAGUUUAUGUUAUUUAAUUUCCCAGAAAACCUUCUGAAUGUGUUUCAUUUAGCUGAAAGAGAUCCAACAAAUGUGGGUUCAUCAUAAAUGUCUUCUGUUGGUAUUGUUUUAACCUUGAUGUGCAAACACUGACAAUCACGGGAGGGAUUUCUGUUCCUAUUCCAGCAAAGUUUAAGAAAAGAAGAGUUGUGUGCAUCUUGUUGGAAUGAAAGAAAAUGAAAGAUGUGCAUCAUAAUGCAUAAAUGCACUUCAAUCAGCAGCAACAUAACAGGACUGUGUAGUUUAUAUUGAGCUGAUUACACAGACUUAACCUUUGUCAAACUGUCAAAGGUGACUGGGAUCGCUCUUUUUGUACUUUGGAGAUAUUUAGCAGUUGAUUUUAUGUAAAGAGUUGUUAUUGCUGAGCAGAUAUGUUCAGCAAAGUUUGUUUUAACUCAAGUGUUGAAAAUAACACGAACCAAACAGUUUAGAAAGAGAUUCACUGCAACAACAAAAUAAUCUGUUUUAUGUCCCGUCAAAGGAAGUAAGAGGGUUUUAUCAUCAGCCUCUGUUCUGCUACAGUUUGUAAAUGUUCCAGGAAAACUCUUGUCUUCCUUGUUUUACUGUCAGGUUAUGUUUGAUAAUGUUCCUCGUGGCACUUUUGAAUCUAGUACUAUUUCUACAAUAAAUAUUCCUCUCUA